AUGACUGGGACGAAAGAAAACCCCAUAAUAUUGAACCGUUCGGGCUCAACCGGCGGUAAAGGCAAGCAUUACGAAGCAAAGAAAGACUUUUCCUGUUUCAGAUGUGGGGGCAAAGAUGGUCACACUGCAGACAAGUGUGGAGUAAUAUCGCUGAAUUGCAGAAAUUGCGGAAAGGUGGGACACCUUGCUCGUGUUUGCCGUUCGAAUUCGUCAGACCAACAAAGAAGUAGCUCCGAGAAACCACGAGGAAAUAAGAAGCAUCAGAAGUCGAGAAAGAUUCGGGCUAUAACAUCCAAAAAUUGGUUGGAAGAAUCUACAUCAGAAGAGGACGACGACUUCGAACCGGUCGAACGUCUAAACAGAAGAUGGUUCUGUUCAAGUAGCCAUAAAUGGGCAGAAAGUUAG